UGGGGGUGUGUCUAACUAGAGAUGUGCCGCUUACACAACCGAUGGAGUGACCGCGCUGGACGACCCCUUCAUAUAUGAGAAGGAACCAGACAUCUCAGGAAGUUUUUACACCGGACUAAAAUCGAAGUUGCAUAACCAUGGCUACCUCCUUCCUCAGGAUGGGUCGGAUUUGUUGUGGCUUGAAGCCAUUCCAGGUGAAUCUGUGUACCAGCUGGAGGACCAUACCAGCUGUGGCCUACAGCUCCAAGUUGGGAGACCCCAAGAGGGCACCCAGGAAAACACACAUCAAGAAGGCCAAGCCCAAACCCAAACUGGACGUUGCCCAGCUGCUGAUUUCGCUCGGCAUGAGGCCUCUUGCCCAACCCUCCUCUGCUGCCCCUGAUGCCCCCAGACACACCAAACCAGCUGCAAGGGCUGCUGGAACUGGUCCAUUUGUGUCCGCAUCGGCUCCGCCCCCUAUACCUGCCACUCCUCCGCCUCCUCCUGAGACACUGACCUCAGCAGUAGCUCCUCCACCUCCUGAGACACUGACCUCAGCAGUAGAUCCUCCCCCUCCUGAGACACUGACCUCAGCAGUAGCUCCGCCCCCCCCUGAGACACCGACCUCAGCAUUAGCUCCGCCCCCUCCUGAGAGACCGACCACAACAGUGGACUCAGCCGCCCCUCUGGUCACCGCCACCCUGCAGACAGAACCAAGGACCAGUCCUCCAGCAUCAGCUGCCUCCCCUCAAACAGAACCAAGGACCAGUCCUCCAGCAUCAGCUGCCUCCCCUCAAACAGAACCAAAUGCCAGUCUUACACUGGGCAUUGCCACCCUGCAGACAGAACCAAAAGCAAGUGCUGCACUGGAGUUCACUACAGAGGCUUUCUCUGCCAGAGUUGUUGCCCCAUCAAACCCCAUUGAGCAAACUGAUGCUGAAUCUGCAGCCUCAGGUGAGUUUGCCUCUCAGGGGUCUGCAGCUGCCCCAAGUCUCACUGAGCUAGAGGCUGUUAUCCCAUCAGGAUCCCCCUCAGAACCCCCUCUUACGUCUGCUGUGGACUCUAGUGCCUUUUCAGAACCCCCUUCUGCAUCUGUUGUGGACUCUAGUGCCCUUUCAGAACCCACUCCUGUGUCUGCUGUAGACUCCAGUGCCCCUUCAGAACCAUGUCCUGCAUCUGCCGUUGACUCUGAUGCCCCUUCUGAACCUCCUCCUGCAUCUGCAGUGGACUCUAGUGCCUUUUCAGAACCCCCUUCUACAUCUGCUGUAGACUCUAGUGCCCCUUCAGAUACCUCUCUUGCGUCUGCGGUGGAUUCUAGUGCCGCCUCAGAACCUGCUUCUGCAUCUGUGGUGAACUCUAGUGCCCCUCCAGAACUCCAUCCUACAUCUGCUGUGGACUCUAGUGCCCCUUCAGAACCCCCUUUUGUGUCUGCUGUGGACUCUAGUGUCCUUUCAGGGUCUGCACCUGUAGAUUCCUUCUCACAGGCUGUUUCUUCACAAAGGGCAGCAAAAUCAGUAACUGCCUCACAGAGGAAUGAGACAAGUGCUUCUCCUGGGUUAACAGAAACAGUCACUGCCCUGGAGGUGGUUGUGUCAGGUGUUUCUCCAGGGGUAACAGCAGAUCCUGAGGUGAUCAGUCAUGAGAGCACAGCCCAUCCAGUUGACCCUGUUUCUGCAGUGCCCACCUUGGAGAUCAAUGCUGCAGAGGCUCCUCUUGCCUUGGAGAGUUCAGAUCAACAUGGCACAGAUGCUCCCUCUGCUAGACCAGCCACCUCCGACAGCAGCGGUCUAGAACUUUCUACUGGUAGAGGUGGCACUGCAGUAGUGUCUUCAGAGCCAGCUGUGACUGCAUCUGAGGCAGGUUCACUCGAGGCUGAUGCCAUUACAGCAUUAGGCCGUGGGCCGGACCCCGAAAUUAUACAGGAUGCUACAGUAGAGUUGCCCAUCACAGUAGCAGCUGCACAGGGUGGAGCCGCAUCCACUCACACACAGAGGUGGUUCUGUUUCCUGUGGGUCAGUGGGUUCUGUUUCCUGUGA